GUGCAAAAACUCUCAGCUGCUGGAGAACUUCACUGACUCCUUCCUUGUCCAUGUGCCUCAUUCUUCAUGGUCAAGAGACAAAGUUCCCAGCACAGAAGAGAAGCAGCAACGUAGAAGGCGGCAGCACUCCUCCAUGGAGCCAGCAGAGAAGAGAAGCUGUAACCCAGAAGGUGGCAGCAAUUGAAGAACAUGGUGAAGAGGAAAGAACUGUGAGGCUGAGGCUGUCACAUGAAGAACUGUAAUGGAAGAGCUGUGCUGCUCCUGAAGAAUCCAGCAUGAAGAAGAGGCUGCCACACCCUGUGAGAUAAGAUGGCGAGCUGAGCAGUGAGAGCCAUAGACUCCUUCUGCCACUGCCCCUGGAACACCAACUGCAGAACUCCCACAACAUAUUUGGGUCUCAUCCAGGAUCCCUGGAGGGGCAGUACAUGCCACACUACUACCCUUCCUGCUCUUGUGCGCACACCUACCCUGAUGAUGCAGCCUUCACUGGAUAUCAAACCGUUUAUGUCUUUUCCAGUGGACAGUAGUUCUGCUGUUGGGCUCUUUCCAAAUUUUAACACAAUGGAUCCUGUGCAAAAGGCAGUCAUUAACCACACGUUUGGAGUGUCCAUUCCCCCAAAGAAGAAGCAAGUUAUCUCUUGUAAUGUCUGCCAGCUUCGCUUCAACUCUGAUAGCCAGGCCGAGGCCCACUACAAAGGAAGUAAACAUGCCAAGAAGGUCAAAGCACUAGAGGCAACGAAAAAUAAACCCAAAAUGGUUUCUUCCAAGGACAGCGCAAAGGCUAACCCCAGCUGCUCCAUCACUCCAAUCACAGGCAACAGCUCUGACAAAUCAGAAGAUAAAGGAAAGUCCAAAGCCAGCAGCUCCAGUCAGCCGUCGAGCUCUGAAAGUGGCUCCUUUCUCCUCAAAUCUGGCACAGCAGCCCUGCCACCCGGAGCAGCCACUUCUCCCGCCAAGAGCACAAAUGGAGCUCCUGGUCCUGUUGCUGAGUCAGAGGAAGAAAAAGCCAAAAAAUUACUUUAUUGUUCGCUAUGCAAAGUGGCUGUGAACUCUCUGUCACAGCUGGAGGCACACAACACAGGAUCUAAACACAAGACCAUGGUUGAAGCUCGUAAUGGGGCUGGUCCCAUUAAGUCCUACCCUAGACCUGGAUCAAGAUUAAAGAUGCAGAAUGGCAGUAAGGGGUCGGGACUACAGAACAAGACAUUUCAUUGUGAAAUCUGUGAUGUCCAUGUUAAUUCAGAAAUUCAACUCAAACAGCACAUUUCUAGCCGAAGGCAUAAAGAUCGAGUUGCUGGGAAACCACUGAAGCCGAAGUACAGCCCCUACAACAAGCUGCAGCGGAGCCCGAGCAUUCUAGCAGCAAAACUUGCAUUCCAGAAAGACAUGAUGAAGCCUCUGGCCCCUGCCUUCUUGUCCUCACCCCUGGCGGCGGCGGCCGCCGUGUCCUCUGCGCUGUCGCUCCCUCCCCGGCCGUCGGCCUCGCUCUUCCAGGCUGCAGCCAUCCCGCCAGCCCUCCUGAGGCCGGGGCACGGGCCCAUCCGCACCACCCCUGCCUCCAUCCUCUUCGCUCCCUACUGACGCCCGCAAGUCCCGAGACAGCCGAGGCCAGUAGGGAAGUUGAGAAGGAAAGCCAAAAGGAUUCGGCCGUUUAAGCAUUCGGUGUUGCAGUAAGUACCCCCGGCCACCCCGCCACACGCCACCCCAAGCCCCAGCUCCACAGAAGAACAGAGCACUAGAUUCGAGAGCGUUUCUGUGGACCUUUCCUACAACUUAGGAAUCUGAGCAGCAUAGUCUUUAUCUGCCUGUUCCUUGCCCCAACCCCACUCAAUUUGUGUAUCUGCGACAUUUGGUUUCUUGAAAAUGUAUCAGUCAGAAAACAAGAAAAUUCUGUGUUUUUCAGUGGGGGGGUGAUCUGGCUUAGAAACGACGUGGAAUCUUUUCCUGACAGACUUGAAAACUAGGAGCUUCCUCAAAUGUCUGUAAAUAUCUCUGGAAUCCAAGCAGGCAUAGUCUAGUGCAAAGGGAAAAUCGAUGCACACGAGUGCUUCCUUGUGGGUACCAUCUGACUGACGGAUCACAUUUUCUUUCUGGUGUACUAUUGUUGACAGGGAUUGUGUACUGUUUUAGACCCAAGUACUGUUGUAUCCUGUGUAGUACUAGCUCUGUAUUUCUUGUCUGAUUUCAACAUUUUUUAGUUGCUGUGUAAAUGUUAGGAAGCAAAGUAGCUUUGAAUUUUCUCUUUAAGAGAACAAAAAGAUAUGUAUUUUCUUUAUUUCACAUUUUAUUUGGAGAUAUUUAAACGAAAUAGAAAGCCAUAUAACAUAGCUAUAAUUACUACCUAUUUGCUAUUUUUCUUUAACUUAUUUUGUAGCUUCCUCACCAGUUUGAGUUGCUAAGCAAAUGUAUACAAACAGAAAAAGAGCUUCCUAAAUUGCACAUUUUUGCACCUCUUGUGCAUUCUGCAAGAAGACAAUGAAUCCAUGUAUUUCUACGUAAUUAUCUUCAUUUUUAAUCUGUUUUCAUUUGUAAUGAUGCUACAUAAUUUUGUGGCUCCCUAAUGCAAUAAUGUACAGGAGAUAAAAACAUUUAUAAUUGAACAAUUUGUCUUUCUGUUCACUGAGUAUGUUGCAGGUCAUGCUCCCAUGCCCCCCUUUCUAAGCUGAUAUCAACAAGACUGGAAUGUUUGUGAUAUCAGGGGCAAGAGGUAUCAUAAAUCAACAAAAUAGAGUGAACUCUUUUAGAGCAUCUUUAUCUGCAAUCUGUAAAUGGUAAA